AUUUCGUUUCUUCGACGGUUUUGUGGCGUUUCAAUCAAUGUUACAAAAAAAUGCGAAUGCUGAUCCCCUUAAACCGACUGCUGGAGUGCGCAUAGUGCUGCUAGAAAAAAAACCUUCUUUUCGAAAGGUGGCUCAAGACAUAACGAACCCCAAAGGAUUUUACAAGAUUUCAGGCAAUGUUAGAGACAUAAACCAAACACAACUCCACAUCUAUCAUAGAUGCAACUAUAAAGGGAUUUGCUACCAGAUGCUCAGCAUACCAACUUACCGAAUUUCUGUACCCGCAACCAAAGGACCAAAGCAAAUACUUAAGAUAAUACCAUUGGAUCUCGUCGGGGCAUGGUACUACGGAAAGACCGUUGAAGACUGCAGGACAAAAUAAUGGUUGCAAAAACCGGACCUGCUAACUUACACAAGAU